CUGCCUGUCAUCAGGUGCCCCUUAUGGUUGCGUUAUUCAGUCGCCUACCAGUGAUAUUCCGGUAGAGGGUCUAAAAUCACGUCGUGAUACCUCCUCCGGUUUCUUGUCAGAUUUGCACGUAUACAUAUUCUCGACAUUGCCGCUGCCCCGCCGUUGUCGGUUCCGCUUCCGCACUAGAAAUCCACUUGCCCCUCCACGACUCGUGCACUGUUACAAUACGAUCGAUCACAUUGUCCUCAUACCCACUCCUGGCGCCAUGGUCAGCGUCUGUGCCACAUGCAAAGGGCUGCAGAAGCAUCUCCACGCGCUCGACGGUCCCCAGGAGACAGUAACAGAGAAGUUGCAGUGGAUAGACACAUCCCUUCCAAAUCUUCGAACCAGUUCUAGCGGGUGCCGAGCAUGCGCUCUGAUUCUGAAUGGUAUCCUACUCCAUCAUGAGCGGUUUGCGGGCCAGAAAGAGGAUGGCCUCAGGAUAAUAGCGACAUCUUUCCCUCCAAACCCACGAAGGACGCUCCAAGACCAUCUUUCGGUCGAAAUUCGAUGGAAGGAACAUGACGACCACGAUGCCUGCCAGGAAGAAGAACAUGAGCACACAAUGGGCUAUCCAGACCUGAAACUAGAGUUCUUCAUCGAUGGAGACGGACAAUCUCCAUUUUCAGCGAUUGGACAAGGUCGCCAAAUCUCAGACAAUCCACUGCAAAAUGCCGCCCUGUCGACAGCACGAGGCAUGAUUGAGAACUGUCUAGCAAACCAUGCCACAUGUCGACGAGCUAGACCCACGACGCUACCAAAACGAGUUUUGGAUCUGUUGACGGGUGACGACGCGAAGAGUAUGAGGCUUCAUGAGUCUGAAUACAUUAAAGACGAACGAAGGUAUGAGCAUGGUGAAUAUGUAGCACUGAGUCAUGUUUGGGGUCUGGCCAAAGGCAUACCGAAAACGACUUUGAAAACACUGCAAUCGCACAAGAAGAACAUACCCUGGUCGGAAUUACCUAGAGCGUUCCAGGAGGCCGUUGUGUUGACGCGCGCGCUCGGGUUCCGCUGGCUAUGGAUCGAUUCCUUGUGCCUAAUCCAAGACGACAGCCAAGAGAAGCUGGAAGAGUCCCUCAAGAUGGACGAGAUCUUUGGAAACGCAUUCCUGACUAUUGCCGCAACCUCUGCCACAGACAGCAGCAGCCAACCUCUAUUUCCUCCCAAGACACAACCAUUCAAGAUCCAGGCCACGGAUAACAAAGGGUCGCUUUUCAAAAUAAACGUUCGAGAGCAACCGAAUCACUAUAGCUUCAAGGCACCAUUCGACGAUGGGGCGCACAUGAACGAGUGGGAGCUACCGUUCAAUACUUCCGAGGAAGCAAACUUACAUACGCCACUUCUGAAGCGAGGAUGGCCUUAUGUUGAGCGCUUACUCUCACCUCGAGUAUUGCACUUCACGAAAAGCGAAAUGAUACUCGAAUGUCGAGAGGGCUACCAAUGCGAGUGCGGUCGGAUUGAUGAUAAAGUCUUUGACUCACGAACAACUGACUCCAUCAAACAAGAGUUCGGACGAAUAGUUGUCGAAACAAGCACCUGGCCUACCCUAAAUGGACAUCUAAAUGCCCAUAACCGACUGGAUAGCAUGACAUCUCAACUCGCGAAUACGACCCUCACAAAUGGGGCACAAGAUCUCCUUCGAAAUCGCGAAGAAGCUCUGCAGCUUUGGAGCUAUAUCAUCACCGAAUUCACAGCACGAAACGUCACGUACGAUAGCGACCGAUUGAUCGCAAUAGCCGGCAUCGCAAAAGCAUUAUCACCCACCCUACAGUCAGGCUACAUAGCCGGACAGUGGACAUUCAGUACGCUAGGGCUCCUCUGGUAUCCUAACGACAGCACACGAUGUCGGCGCCCGAAGCUUGCGGCAGGACACAAUGUACCAAGCUGGUCUUGGGCAUCCGUCGAAGGAUCACCGAUAUUCUUUGACAAUGCAUCCGCUAUGGAUCUAGCUUGCAGGGCAUCUUUUGGACCCAAGGGAAAACGCGCAUCUGCUUGGAGCCCGGUUAUGGGCGAACCGGUCGAGUUGACAGCGGCGAUGGCGGCGGAAGUUACAUUCCACUCUUCUUCCGGACCAUCACAAGCCUCAUACUCGCUAGCCAAGAACGGUGUUUCUACGGAUUUUACCCCAGACGUUGUUCCACUGAGAGGCGAAGACGAGCUGCAAGAUGGAGAAAGCCUGAUAUGCGUGUUCGUGAGCAUGACGUACCGCUCCUCUAUCGUCGGCCUCGUACUCAAAUCAUUGGCCAACAACACAUACCGUCGCGUCGGCCGCUUUGAAUGCUACGAAUGCACCCCCGAAGGCACCGAGCAGGAGAUGAGCGAAGACGCAGAAACCCUUUUCGAGCACUGGUUCCCCGAGAUCCAGGACAUGACACAACUCGACAAUUGCCCACAGAAGACUUUUACUGUUGUCUAAGCUUCCAACCCCAUACCGUACCAUCUCUUACCUUGUCUUUGAAUUCUCACUUCUCUCGCACAAAUCUCGGUAGCUGGUAUCUUUCUUUUUCGAUAAAAGGUCGCUAGUAGCGGCGUCGAAGUGUAGUGGGCAUGCCAUAACCUACUAUACUGUUCAGCAUCUGAGUGAAGGGAGAGUGACGCAUGCUGCAAUCGCUUUGUUGAUAUUCGAUACCCUACAGCGCCAGCUUAAUGGCGACUGGAUUACUUCUUUUCUGUAUACUUAGUCUACUCUUGCGAAACACAUGCACUUACCCAUCCUCC